AUGCAAUUAUCAAAUCUAAUUUUAGUAUUAUUUGCUACUUUGUCCAUUGUUUCUGGGCAAAGUUUGUCAACUAAAAGAAUAACUUCUUCUGUUACAUCUGCUUUUUGUAGAUCAUGUAAGACUGUUACAUAUGAAGAGCCUAGUACAACUUCCUCUUCUGCCACUACAGUUACUUCUGUUGUUUGUCCUGGUUGUGAAACGUCUACUAUUCUUUCCUCAAGUAUUUUAUCUUCAAGUAUUUCAUCAUCUAGUUCAGUCAUUACUCCAAGAACCUCCACAGUUACAAUCUCAAUUGAAUCAUGUUCAGAUAAUGAAUGUUCAUCUUCAAGUUCCCCAUCCUCAAGUGUCACAUCUUCAAGUAUCACAUCUUCAAGUGUUAAAUCUUCAAGUGUUACGUCUUCAAGUUCAGUAAUCACGCCAAGGAUUUCUACAGUCACGAUUUCAAUUGAAUCAUGUUCAGAUAAUGAAUGUUCAUCUUCUAGUAUCGCAUCUUCGAGCAUCGUAUCUUCCAGUGUCGUAUCUUCUAGUACCACAUCUUCUAGUAUCACAUCUUCUAGCAUCCCAUCUUCCAGUGUCGUAUCUUCCAGUGUCGUAUCUUCCAGUGUCGUAUCUUCUAGCAUCCCAUCUUCUAGCAUCAUAUCGUCAAGUAUCGUAUCUGCUAGUGCAAGCACUGAUAUUACAUCUUCUCCUGUUUCUGUUCCAACCAUAAUAACUUCAGAAGUUUCUUCUGAGAAUAUCAUUUCUUCGACAAAAACUUCUACUACUACUUCUCAAAUUACCUCUUCUCCACAACCAUUAGUGAAUACUACUACUAUUGUUUCAGUAUCAUCAUAUUCUACUUCUAUCCCAGAGACAUCCUUCAAAGUGGAAACGACUGAAUCUACAUUGUUAUCAACUACAAUUUCAACUGUUUGUCCUUCUUGUAAUGUGACGUCUACUGAGUCGGUAUCUGUUAUGACCACAUCAUCAACACUGGUAACCAGCCAGAGAUCAACCUCGAGUCCAUUAACGACAAAUCAAAUCAGUACCGUUACUACUUCAUGCAGUACAGUGAUUACUACUCAUUCAGAAGAGACUGUGACGGAAACUACAACUACUAGUCACUCAGCUGUAAUUCUCACAAAUACUGUUACAACUACAACUAGUACAGAACUAUGUCCAGGUUGUAGUAAGACAACGUUAGUCACUGAAGAUAAAUCAUCUGUUCACAGCAAUACCGUUCCAACUGAAGGCACAGAUAUUAGAUCAACCUCUAAUUCUUCUAAGUCAACCACCUCAUUCACCACACCACCUAUUCCAACAUUAGUGGAGCAAACUACGACAUCUCAACCUCAUGUGCAAACUUCACAAUAUGUCAGCGUCUAUGAAGGUGAUGCAGUCAUUCUAGGGUAUUCUUUCACUGCUUUAAUCGCAUGGUUAUUUAUUAUCCCUUUCUAA